UACUCCACACGUGUUUCUGCCGUAAACAUUUUCAGCAUGUUGCAGUAAUCGUGGACUUUAGCUGAAAAAAAUCGAGAAAGCGACCGAAAGAGACAUUUCAGACAAUAAAAUGACGCACCUGCGGUUGGUGGAUAAGCCAGAGUCGGAGGAGCGGAAAUCUGUGUUCAAGGAGAGCAGCUGCAUCUUCCGGCGGAAUCGAGCCCUUGGCUAUGUGAGCAACCAGGUUCCGGCAGUCACCCGCUAUGUGCAGCGUCGUCGGGACACUUUGUUGAUCACCUGCAUCGGCAGAUCCUUCCAGGUGUACACCGCAAACCACUUCCGGCUGCUGCACGUAAGCGGCUUGCAUCCGGACGAAAUCACUGCUCUGGCCACGGAUCGACUGCACACGUACACAGCGAGCAACAAGUGCAUCUUCGCGUGGCGGGCGGGCAAACACAUCCGGCACGUAUACCGCGGCCAUCUGAAGGAUGUCCACCUCUUGCUGCCUUUUGGUUCCAAUUUGAUAGCCAUCGAUCGGCAGAAUGUGCUAAAAGUGUGGAACAUUCCCACCGAGGACGUCUAUUUGGAAGUGCCCUUCCGGCCCGAGGAGUUCCAGAUCACCGCGGUGACCCAUCCGCCCACGUACAUCAACAAGAUAGUACUAGGCUCCCAACAGGGCCAACUGAAGAUCUUGAACAUAAAGAAGAACAGUGUGGUGUGCACUUUGAGUCACCACGAUAGCAGGAUCACUUGCAUUGAACCGUCUCCUGCUUUGGAUGUCGUGGCCGUGGGACACGGGGAUGGCACUAUUAUCCUGCUUAACCUAAAGUUCGACGAGGUGCUAAUGAGCUUCCAGCAGGAUUGGGGUCAAGUUACAAAACUCUCGUUUCGUACCGACGGCCCACCAAUCCUUGUGUCCGCCUGCAGCAAUGGUUACAUGGCCUUCUGGAACCUGGAGGAGCGGAAGCUAGCCGGCCAGGUGCAAGCGCACGAGGAGUCGGUGACCACGGCCAUUUGUCUGCCCAGCGAGCCCGUGGUUUUCACCACUUCACCAGACAACUCCAUGAAGAUGUUUGUUUUUGAUAUGCCCGAUGGUGGUGCUAGACAGCUGAGAAUCCGCGAGGGACACACAAAGCCGCCGUUUUGUAUUCGCUACCACGGCAGCUCAGGAGUCUCCAUUUUAUCUUCGGGCGAAGACAGCACCAUGAGGGUCUUCUCCACCAUUUCCGAAUCGCUGAACAAGAGCAUGGGCAGAGCAACAUACAAUCCAAAGGCCACAAAAAAGAAGAAUCGCUUUGAGCACGAUAAAUUUGGUAUGCCACCUAUCCUGGAGUUCACAUCGGAUACGGCUCGCGAAAAGGAGUGGGAUAACAUCGCUGCCAUCCAUGCGGGCAUUAUUCAGACGACAACCUGGUCGUUUGGCAAGAACCGUAUGGGCGAGCACCGCCUGGUUCCGAAACAGUUCCAGAACAGCAACCGCACCAACUUCCAGAGUGAGACCACAUGCAUUGUACUGACGCACUGCGGCAACUUUGUGAUCAUUGGCUAUAGCAGUGGCGACGUUGAGCGCUUUAAUAUCCAGUCUGGUUUUCGUCGCGCUAGCUAUGGCUCGCCAGGCCACAAGAAGGCAGUUCGCGGCUUGGCCAGCGACAAUCUUAACCAAACCGUCAUCUCUGGCUGUUCGGAGGGCCUGCUUAAGUUCUGGUCAUUCAAAGGAAAGGUGGACAAGCCCUUGGCGACUCUGCGCCUGGCAGAUGGAAUCGCCCUUAUUCGACAGCAUCGAGAGAGCUCCAUGCUGGCCAUAGGCUUGGAAACUUUCAAGAUCUUUGUGGUGGACAUGCACACGCGGGUCAUUGUUCGCAAGUUCGUCGGUCACACAGCCAAGCUGAAUGACCUCACGUUCAGCCCGGACAGCCGCUGGCUGAUCACCGCAGCCAUGGACUCCACUAUCAAGGUGUGGGACAUACCCUCUUCCUAUAUGGUGGAUCACUUCCGUGUCGAGGCUCCUUGUGUAUCGUUGAGCAUGUCGCCCAAUGGCGACUUUCUGGCCACCGCGCAUGUUGGCCUUUUGGGCAUUUACCUGUGGGCCAACAAGACGCUGUUUAAUCAGGUUUCUUUGCGCUCCAUCGAUCCCUUGGAGCCGGCUCCAUACGUGGGAUUGCCCACCAAUGUGUGCGAUGCCAUGGAGCUGGAGGAUGGCAUGAAGGAGCUAGAGAUUGACGAAGAGGACGAGUCAAAACUCGGAGAGCUAGUUGACACCAAGUACGAAACUCCAACUCAGCUGUCCGAGGAGCUAAUAACGCUAUCCGGGUUGGCUGCAUCUCGUUGGCAGAAUCUGUUGGAUUUGGAGCUCAUUAAACAACGAAACAAGCCAAAGGCCCCACCAAAAGCUCCCAAACAGGCUCCCUUUUUCCUGCCCACCGUUUCGGGACUGGAACUGCGCUUCGAUGUGCAGAACGGUCAGAAGGAGGAAGAAUCCCGAAUCCGGAAGGCUUCGACUCUCAACAAUCUUACUGCAUUUGGCCAACUACUGGAGGAAACUGCCGACACUCUGGAUUUCCCACCGGCUGUGGCUCACUUGACCCAAUUAGGACCCUCGAUGGUUGACUUUGAGAUCAAAUCUUUGCACCCGGAGGCUGGAGGAACACUGCUUGCCAUGCUGCAGUUCCUUAAACUCGUUAAGUUUAUGUUUGGGACCAAUCUCAACUUUGAGCUGGCUCAAUCGUAUCUGAGUGUAUUCUUGCGAUCCCACGGUCUCGGGCUGACGGAGUCUCCGGACUUGGUAAAGGAGCUGCGCAGUGUCUCCCAGGUGCAGCAGGAGGCUUGGCAGCGUGUGGAGGAGAAGCUCAUCUAUGGAACUGGAGUUGUGGCCGCCCUCCGAAACUUCGCGCAUUAGAUGCAAGAUUAUGUUGUAGUUCAUUUUGAUAUUUUGUAAAUAAAUUUACAAAACAUUUUA